AUGAGACUGGGAGGACUCGAGUCUUUGAAAGUCAUCAUACUGGUGAGCGCAUUGAGGAGAGAGCUCGGAGUCAACUUGGCAGCAGGUGACGUGCUGCAGUGCUCCAGCAUUAGCGACUUGGAGGCCCUAGUGGAGGCAGCAGCUGCAGCACCAAGGCCGACCGAAAACGUACCACGCGAAGGUCAAAACUCCAUUGGACAAUACCCGAUCUACGCCAUCCCACGCUUUUGGAAGGCACCUGUCGGUUGGUUGAUCAGCCUCCACGAGAUACCGGACGAGACUUCCAUGCGUAUUGCUUGCCGAGCACUGGUGCGGCGACAUGUGGGCCUGCGGGCAGUUCCUUACCGCACCGCUGGUGAUGAAGUCACUGCCAGCCUUUGUCUCAACGCCGUCCAGUCGCUUCUGGUCCUCCGAGCACUGAUUGGUGUUGCAGAGGCUGGAUCUAGGCCGUUGCUGGACUCAGCAGCUGCCGCAGGACUGUUGGAUGCAUGGCCUCGGGUAGCUUCGUCGCCCGCUUCUGGCGGUUGGCCAAUGUGCGAAGCUGGAGGGGCAGAAGAGUUGGCCCACUUCGAAUGGCUGCGCUUCGACACAGAAGCAGAGAUGCGGCACGCGGCAUGGCUGAAGGCACGCAGCCGUGGAUUCAAGACCCCUGCUUCCAUCUCCGUCCUUUCUCUUCCUGGGAGCGCCUCCAACACUGGCAAAGACUCUGCAUACUUGCAUAUUGCAGUGAAUCACGCAGUGACAGAUGCCGCAUGCAUUGUGCCUUUGGUUGCAGACCUGCUAGAGCUCCACCGUGCAGCAAAGACAUUAACCAGCUCUGAUGAUCUGGAGGCUGCUGCAACAGCGGCCCUCGAAAGAUGUCAGCUUCCCGAAGCGCCAGAUGGAUUGGCCAUCGCUCAGGCCCGGCUGAGGAGCGCAGUUCUGGGCACCAAAGUCGAAGGUUGGGAGGAGCAGCUUGACCUUGCCCAAAAUAGCUGUCCGCCGAGAAAACGAGGCUAUGACCACUACGUGAAGCUGGCGCCGAGCGCUGGCCGGAUGCUGGAGGCAGCCAGCACCGGCACUGGAAUUCCCACAGACCACUUGCUUGUGGCAGCAUUGGCAGCUUCUCUAGGUUCUGCAGCGAAGUUGGAUGAAGUGAAGCUCACACUGAUUGUGCCAAUGAGAGAUGGGCCUGGUCAUGGCCAGGCAGUGGCAAACCUUGCUUCAACCCGGCACCUCUCCGUUUGGAUUCGAAGCAGGUCUCUCUUCGAUAUUGCGUUAGAGCUCUCCUCUCGUUUCCGACGCCGAGAUUGGCAUAUGUGCCAUUUACUUGAUGAUGAUGGUGACAGGCUUUUCAUCAACCUUCGAGGCAUCCCAGCCUUUGACGGGGCCACACCAGUGAUAGAGCCUCAAGACACCACCCGGAGACCGACUAGAUUUGUCAGGAACAUUGUGGAGAUGUUUGCGGACCAGGAAACUUUACACUCUUGGACCUUGUGGAUGGGCCUUCGAGAAGACGUGGAUGCCAACGCCUUCAGCCGAGCGCUGCGAAAGGCAUUGUGGGGCUUGGCCACAAAGCCGCUGGAUUUGCUGGAAUGA